GUGCGAAGGACCGAGUCAAAGCCGAUGUGUUUUACCCUUUUAGAAUAAAAGCAAAAAGGGAUUGCCUUACACCCCGCUGUGGUCUGUAACGAUGUCGUCGCUUUUAUGUUGAAGGUUAGGGGCGGAAGUUGUUCGUGUGUGUCCACCGCCGGCAGAGUCUGCUCAGCUCGGUCAGGACAAUAUUUCCAACAUGAGGAGGUGAAGACGAAGACAAUUUAUCUGAAGCUGUUUCAUGCCUGGACAUCAUGAUGCUGCACCUCAGAAGGACGUCUCUUUUAAGAGGCUGGUCAGGUGUUUGCAGGUGUCAAACUGGAAACCAGCCAUCCAGGAACAGUUCCAGCUCCAGCACCAGCAGCCUGUUCGUGGCCCCUGACAGCAGCAGUGCAGGUCUGGUCCUGCACUCCCAGUCCACCAAUGUGUACCAGAACCUGGCUCUGGAGGACUGGAUUGACGCCAAUGUGGACCUGCAACAGCGCAGCAUCCUGCUGCUGUGGAGGAACCGGCCAGCUGUGGUCAUUGGACGCCACCAGAACCCCUGGACCGAGUGCAACUUGCCGGCUAUGAGGAGGAUGGGGAUCCCUCUGGCCCGCAGGCGGAGUGGCGGUGGGACGGUCUUCCAUGAUCUCGGAAACCUCAACUUGACCUUCUUCACCUCCAAGAAAGCAUAUGACCGGCAGAGGAACCUGAAGGUCGUCACCGAGGCUCUGAGGCGGGUUAGACCAGGACUGGACGUCCAGGCCACAGACAGAUUUGACAUUUUACUCAACGGACACUACAAGAUCUCAGGCACUGCGUCCAGGCUGAGCAGGAAGUCGUCCUACCAUCACUGCACCCUGCUUCACUCUGCCGACCGCUCCGCCCUCUCCACCGUGCUCCGGCCCUCCUGCCCCGGUAUCCAUAGCAACGCCACCCCCAGUGUACCCUCGCCUGUCGCCAACCUGCUGGAUCAUGCCCCCACGCUGCAGUGGGAGGAGCUUCUGGACGGACUGGUGAACCAGUACAACGCAGAGUUUGGCUUCAGCUCUGCGUUGACCCUCGUUAACCCUACUGACGAGUCAGUGUUUCCUGGCCUCAGCAGGAUGGAAACAGAGCUGCGCAGCUGGGACUGGACAUUCGGUAAGACGCCUAAAUUCAGCGUCCAGACCCUCCUGGACCUGACUGACGGUCGGUCAUCAGCUCGCAGCUCUGCUCAGCUGCACAUGGAGGUAAAGAACGGGCUGAUCGAGAGCUGUGAGCUGGAUGUUCCUGCAGACUGGCUCCCUCGGCGGCUGAGCGGCGAGCUGGUGAACAUGCUGGUCGGUGAGAGGUUUUGUCCACAUGGAGCAGCUGCAGCUGUUGCUCUGCUGCUGCGGUCGGAGAGCGGCGAGCUGCAGACCCGACUGCACCACCUGUGUGACGCUGUGCUGUCUGUGAUGGGCUGAAACAAAACGGGUGGACGGAAACAAGCUGUUGGGUGUUUGUGUGGAGUCAACAGAAAACUGAUCCAUUCACUGUGCUGCUAGUGCCCCCAAGGGGCUGAAGUGUUCAUUACAGCUACUAUAUGAAAAUUAACGUUGUUCAAAAAGUGUGAAGGUGAAUCUAAAGGGUCCAUCCUGUGCUCCACAUAUCAGCCCAGAACGCCACAGUGCUGAAAUUCAAAGUGUAACCAGAAGCUGCUCUUACUCCCAAACUGAUUGACGGGUCUUUUCAUACUUUGACAAUUAAAUAAGAGGAAAAUCUAAAUUAUCCUUGUUUUGUGAUGCUGCUAAAACUGUCAGUCAUGCCUACAAGUUUAUUUUGAUAUAAAAAAAUCUGAAACUGUCAUAAUAAACCAUUCAUACAUUUGCGGCUUAUA